AUGAGUUUUGAUACUGCUAAUGAUGCCAACUUCUGGAGUAACGGUUCGGCGGAGCUGUACACGGAGACACCGGGACCGUUGUCUGCAAAUAAUUCCAAUUUGACCACGGCCAAUUACACACACACGAAUCCGCUGGACCUUACCCGAGCCGUGCCAGUUGGUAUGGUUCUGGGCGCUUUCAUUCUAUUCGCAAUCGUGGGCAACAUACUCGUAAUACUUUCCGUUGUGUGCAACAGACACCUGCGUAUCCCAACGAACUAUUUCAUUAUCAACCUAGCCAUUGCGGACCUGUUGCUGGGUACCACAGUGCUGCCCGUGUCCGCAACACUGGAGAUUCUCGACUACUGGGUAUUCGGGAGGAUCUUCUGUGACAUCUGGGCAGCAGUGGACGUGCUAUGUUGCACGGCCUCCAUCAUGAGCCUGUGCGUAAUAUCCAUAGACCGUUAUAUAGGCGUGCGCUACCCACUGCAGUACCCCUGUAUAGUAACGGAGAAAAGAGCCCUUUUGGCCAUGCUCGGUGUGUGGGUUCUCGCCACUGUCAUCUCCAUCGGACCUCUGCUCGGGUGGAAACAACCACCCUCAAAUGAUGACACCAUUUGCCCCAUCACCGAAGAGCCCUUUUACGCACUCUUCUCCUCCCUGGGUUCAUUUUACAUACCUCUGGCUGUCAUCCUGUGCAUGUACUGCCAGGUUUAUGUAGUUGCCAAACGAACCACUAAGAACUUGGAGGCGGGGGUCAUGAAAGAACGCAUGGACUCGAAUGAGCUCACGCUCAGGAUCCACUGCAAAAACGCACAGCUGCAGGAAUACUGCGUCACGGGCAAAGGCCAGGCGCGGAGCACUCUGACCGUGAAACUGCUCAAGUUCUCCCGAGAGAAGAAAGCUGCUAAGACUCUCGGUGUGGUGGUGGGCAUGUUUAUUCUCUGCUGGCUGCCAUUCUUCCUCGUGCUGCCCAUUGGUAGGUUUGGAGUAUUUUUUUAGCAAACUUUUGUCACAAUUUCCCCCUAGUUGUAUUAGGUUUUAUUGAACCCCAUACCUGCUGGAUAGAUAUGACACUGAACCCAUACAUGUUGUUUUGCAAAUAAACCUUGAGUGUGUGCGUGUGUGUGCGUGCGUGCGUGCGUGCGUGUGUAUGUGUGUGACAUGAAAGGACAGCAUCUAACCGAACAGUCUAUUCUCUGCUAGUGUCCUCCAACCCAAGUGUUUAAGCCCUUAAGCACUCACGCAGAGAUACACACAAACACACACACACACACACACUUUCUCCCUCUCUCUGACGCACACACACACACACACAUAUAAUUUUAAAAAAUCACAUACAGUAUGCCAACAAUAUAGAGUUUUCAUAAUUCCCAAAUUCUGAUGAUAGUGGUGUCAAAAAUGAAAUAAUCUGGUUAGGCAGAAAAGGGUUUAAUCAGAAGCAGUAUGUACCCAUGCCAAAACAUGUAGGGUAUUACAUUAAAAUACAACUUCCUUUUAUUAUCAAAAUAUUAACUUUUCCAUGAAUUAACUUGCCAAAAAUGUUAAGAUUGAGAAAUACCAUGUUUUCCAGCCAGUGGCACCAGAAUUUUGUAAAGAAAUGACACACACAACCAGACACACUGUCACAUUCUAUCACACACAAUCUACACACACAUUAUUCUUUAGUUGUAUUGUUUGUAUAUAUUUUAUAUUUUAUAUUUUGUGUGACUGUCCUUGUCUAUCAGUGUAUCUGUAAUUUGGUUACUUGUUGUGUUUUAUGUGUUUGUUUUCUUCCCCAGGAAGAAUAGCUGCUGCUUCAACAAAAGCUCAUGUAGAUGCAAAUAAAGCAAUAAAACAUUAAAGUAAAACAUCAAUAGCCCUAUAUCACUAGGCAUGAGACUAUAUAAAUAGCUACAAAAAGAAUCAAAUAUUGUCAAUUAUUGAUAAUACUCAGUUUUGUCUAUCACAUAAAUAAAUCCUGAAAUCUCUUUUUUCGAGCUUGAUAUCGGUCAGUCCACACCGUGCGUGAGAUAACAGAAAUGGUCAGGUGUUGUGGCGAUAUACAGGUUAUUUGGUCAGUGUUGUGGCGAUAAUCAAGUUAUUUGGUCAGUGUUGUGGCGAUAAUCAGGUUAUUUGGUCAGGUGUUGUGGCGAUAAUCAGGUUAUUUGGUCAGUGUUGUGGCGAUAAUCAGGUUAUUUGGUCAGGUGUUGUGGCGAUAAUCAGGUUAUUUGGUCAGUGUUGUGGCGAUAAUCAGGUUAUUUGGUCAGGUGUUGUGGCGAUAAUCAGGUUAUUUGGUCAGUGUUGUGGCGAUAUACAGGUUAUUUGGUCAGUGUUGUGGCGAUAAUCAAGUUAUUUGGUCAGUGUUGUGGCGAUAAUCAGGUUAUUUGGUCAGGUGUUGUGGCGAUAAUCAGGUUAUUUGGUCAGUGUUGUGGCGAUAAUCAGGUUAUUUGGUCAGUGUUGUGGCGAUAAUCAGGUUAUGUAGUCAGGUGUUGUGGCGAUAAUCAGGUUAUUUGGUCAGGUGUUGUGGCGAUAAUCAGGUUAUGUAGUCAGGUGUUGUGGCGAUAAUCAGGUUAUUUGGUCAGGUGUUGUGGCGAUAAUCAGGUUAUUUGGUCAGUGUUGUGGCGAUAAUCAGGUUAUUUGGUCAGUGUUGUGGCGAUUAAUCAGGUUAUUUGGUCAGGUGUUGUGGCGAUAAUCAGGUUAUUUGGCUCUGCUCAAAUUACCCAGAGUGGUAAUGUCCAAUUGAGGCUCCCUUUUGUUUCCUGAGGCCUCAUCAGGGUGUAAUAUGGACAAUGAGGCUGUGUGGGUGACAGAGAUGGAGACGUAUACGCACUGAGGCAGAGCAGUGACCUAGCCUGGCCACACCAUGGAAGUGGAAGCACUGUGUAGAGGGGUGACAGCCAGUGAAGAUCACACAGUGUAAUUGAUGGUGCAAAAUAAGACAACGCUUUAUUGGUACAUUUUAGUCAUUUAGCAGACGCUCUUAUCCAGAGCGACUUACAGUUUAGUGAGUGCAUACAUUUUUCAUAGUAGCCAAAUGAGUCCGAGGCGUAUGUCCGUGUCUUUGUGUGUACCGCACAGCUGGCAUCCUGUUGGACCCUCCUCCAGAGGCUCAGGGACAUUAAAGAUAAUAAAAAUGUAAUUGGUUUGAAGGAUUACUGCUUUCCUGACGCUGGUUGUAAUUUCCCCCUCCUAUGGUUUUUGGAAUAGGAUGUCUGAUAUAUGUGUUAUGUGUUCUGGGAGCAACAAUGAGCCUUGAAUAGCUCUGUCUUUACUUUCUCUGCCCUCAAAAUGCUUUCAGACUACCAGUAUAUCAGUGAAUAUAUCAUCUACAGUCCAUUAUAUUCAAAAUGCUUUCAGACUACCAGUAUAUCAGUGAAUAUAUCAUCUACAGUACAUUAUAUUCUAAAUGCUUUCAGACUACCAGUAUAUCAGUGAAUAUAUCAUCUACAGUACAUUAUAUUCAAAAUGCUUUCAGACUACCAGUAUAUCAGUGAAUAUAUCAUCUACAGUACAUUAUAUUCAAAAUGCUUUCAGACUACCAGUACAUCAGUGAAUAUAUCAUCUACAGUACAUUAUAUUCAAAAUGCUUUCAGACUACCAGUACAUCAGUGAAUAUAUCAUCUACAGUACAUUAUAUUCAAAAUGCUUUCAGACUACCAGUAUAUCAGUGAAUAUAUCAUCUACAGUACAUUAUAUUAAAAAUGCUUUCAGACUACCAGUACAUCAGUGAAUAUAUAAUCUACAGUACAUUAUAUUAAAAAUGCUUUCAGACUACCAGUAUAUCAGUGAAUAUAUCAUCUACAUUAUAUUCAAAAUGACGUAAUCUGUUACUUCACCUAUUAUUAUUUACUUGAGGUAUGGAGAUGGAGAGCAGUUGUUAUCUCAGUUAUGCAAUAAAGCCCAAGAUAUUAACUGUAAUAAUUGGCAUAAAUGGUGUUUUCAUUGGAAAUGAUUGGGUCCUUACAAAGCACUCACUCAUAUGUUCUUAAUCAUAAACCUACUGUGUGACCAGUCUCUCAGACAAAUUGGAUCAAAAUAGCUGGGUCAAAUAUUAUUGGUGUCCACAUUCGACAGACUAUUGCAACUGGCAGGAUUUUAAAUACUCUUUUUGAAAGCUUUCGCAGAUUGUGUUUGACGAUAGCGCCACUUUUCACUGCCAGUAUAAACUAUGCAAUUCUCAAGGUCUCUGCAUUGACCCGCCAAAGGCAUGUUUUGUUAGUGUCACCCAACAUGAUGUAGUUACUACAAACGAUGGUGCUCUGUGAUCUAGUGUGCCUGUAUCUUACACCUUGUCCUCAGGCGGCGGUGGUGAACAAUACAAGGACAGAUUUUGUGGGAGAAACAGGAAACAUCUGUUCAAUCAAACACAGAUGAUGGUGAUCAGGAUAGAACUCGCAGAACUCACCAGAUGAACUGAAACAUUACAUUCUAAAGAUAUUGCUCCUCGAUUGAUUGUUGCUUUCCAUGUUAUGUAACCAACAUUUACUGUUUUGCCAAGGUUACAGUUGAAUUUAUACACUCUUAGAAAAAAGGGUUCCAAAAGGGUUCUUUGGCUGGACCCCUAGGAGAACCCUUUUUGGUUCCAGGUAGAACCCUUUUUGGUUCCAGGUAGAACUCUUUUGGGUUCAAUGUAGAACCCUCUGUGUAAAGGAUUCUACAUGGAACCAAAAGGGUUCUACCUUGAAUCAAAAACGUUUUUUCAAAGGGUUAUCCUAUGGGGACAACCGAAGAACCCUUUUAGGUUCUAUAUAGCAUAUUUUUUUCUAAGAGUGUACGGACAAUAAUAUUGAAUUCCCACCAUAUUUAAUAGAUGUUUCCCCAGAAGGUUUCAGACUAGUUAACUAACCAACCCAAAUUCUCCAAUGAGCUGUAAUUCGAGCGUGAUAUGAUGGUGAUGGGUCCCUUAUGCUUCUAGAGUAAUGUAGUUGGAAUGCCAGGGCCCUCAUACAGUAGGGCCCCACUGACUAGCAUGCCUCUUAGGUCCUCUUUAAAUAUGGCUUCGGACAUGACCUUUUACAGUGACUUGCGAAAGUAUUCACCCCCCUUGGCAUUUUUCCUAUUUUGUUGCCUUACAACCUGGAAUUAAAAUUGACUUUUUUGGGGGGGUUUGUAUCAUUUGAUUUACACAACAUGCCUACCACUUUGAAGAUGCAAAAUAUUUUUUAUAGUGAAACAAACAAGAAAUAAGACAAAAAAAACAGAAAACUUGAGCGUGCAUAACUAUUCACGCCCCCAAAGUCAAUACUUUGUAGAGCCACCUUUUACAGCAAUUACAGCUGCAAGUCUCUUGGGGUAUGUCUCUAUAAGCUUGGCACAUCUAGCCACUGGGAUUUUUGCCCAUUCUUCAAGGCAAAACUGCUCCAGCUCCUUCAAGUUGGAUGGGUUCCGCUGGUAUACAGCAAUCUUUAAGUCAUACCACAGAUUCUCAGUUGGAUUGAGGUCUGGGCUUUGACUAGGCCAUUCCAAGACAUUUAAAUAUUUCCGCUUAAACCACUCAAGUGUUGCUUUAGCAGUAUGCUUAGGGUCAUUGUCCUGCUGGAAGGUGAACCUCCGUCCCAGUCUCAAAUCUCUGGAAGACUGAAACAGGUUUCCCUCAAGAAUCUCCCUGUAUUUAGCGGCAUCCAUCAUUCCUUCAAUUCUGACCAGUUUCCCGGUCCCUGCCGAUGAAAAACAUCCCCACAGCAUGAUGCUGCAACCACCAUGCUUCACUGUGGGGAUGGUGUUCUUGGGGUGAUGAGAGGUGUUGGGUUUGCGCCAGACAUAGCGUUUUCCUUGAUGGCCAAAAAGCUCAAUUUUAGUCUCAUCUGACCAGAGUACCUUCUUCCAUAUGUUUGGGGUGUCUCCCACAUGCCUUUUGGCGAACACCAAACGUGUUUGCUUAUUUUUUUUCUUUAAGCAAUGGCUUUUUUUCUGGCCACUCUUCCGUAAAGCCCAGCUCUGAGGAGUUUACAUGGUUUACGAGUUUAAAGUGGUUCUAUGGACAGAUACUCCAAUCUCCGCUGUGGAGCUUUGCAGCUCCUUCAGGGUUAUCUUUGGUCUCUUUGUUGCCUCUCUGAUUAAUGCCCUCCUUGCCUGGUCUGUGAGUUUUGGUGGGCGGCCCUCUCUUGGCAGGUUUGUUGUGGUGCCAUAUUCUUUCCAUUUUUUUAUAAUGGAUUUAACGGUGCUCCAUGGGAUGUUCAAAGUUUCCGAUAUUUUUUUAUAACCCAACCCUGAUCUGUACUUCUCCACAACUUUGUCCCUGACCUGUUUGGAGAGCUCCUUGGUCUUCAUUGUGCCGCUUGUGUGGUGGUGCCCCUUGCAUAGUGGUGUUGCAGACUCUGGGGCCUUUCAGAACAGGUGUAUAUAUACUGAGAUCAUGUGACACUUAGAUUGCACACAGGUGGACUUUAUUUAACUAAUUAUGUGACUUCUGAAGGUAAUUGGUUGCACCAGAUCUUAUUUAGGGGCUUCAUAGCAAAGGGGGUGAAUACAUAUUCACGCACCACUUUUCCAUAAUUUAUUUGUUAGAAUUUUUUGAGACAAGUAAUUUUUGUUAUUUCACUUCACCAAUUUGGACUAAUUUGUGUAUGUCCAUUACAUGAAAUCCAAAUAAGAAUCCAUUUAAAUUACAGGUUGUAAUGCAACAAAAUAGGAAAAACGCCAAGGGUGAUGCAUACUUUUGCAAGGCACUGUACUCCAUGCUUUUGUCCAUUCAUGGGUGUAUGAGGAGCGGUCCAAGGGUAUUUAUUUCCAAGGUAGAUCUCAGGGUCUUUCAUAGAUUCCUUGCCUAUUCUAUCAUAAUCAAGUGUGUGGAACUGUGCUGGAGAACUGAACACCUGGCACUGGAAAACAACCCCAGCCAGUAGCACAUUAUUAAUUACUGCAGUGGGCUAAAUCAGGGUCACACAGUGUUUCUUGGUCAGAAAUGCUACCACUGAGUCCCUCUGAAGACAUAGACUAGAUAAUUAUCUCUCCAACCUAUAGGAAAUCAGAUGUCUCCUGUGCUCUUUUACUGCAGUGGGCUAAAUCAGGGUCACACAGUGUUUCUUGGUCUUAAACAAAUCUACUUUGAAACAAAAGUAUACACCUCAAACACAGUUAUGGCCUUAAAAAACAAAGACACCUGUGCCAUGUCAGAUAUAGCGUUGAAAUGUGUUAUAUUUUGAGUUUCCAUCCCAAUAUUACACUUUUAUACAUCACAGAAGACUGAAAUAUAACAAAACCGUUUGACAUAGAAACACCAGAUUUUCGGCCUUUAAAAAAAAGCAAUGAAUUAUGACAUUUUGAAGAUUAUUAAUAACAAUCCACCCAUGGGGCCACUAGGUCAUUUAACUGUAGGAAAAGGCUACAGUGUAACCACAGUCUCUCCUAGGGCCAGGCUGAGAAAUUACAAAUGUGUCCUUGAAUUAGAUGGUUCUAUGAGCCAUGGUUCUAUUCUGAGAAAACACAGUAAUAACUCUUGUUAAACAUCUCUCCAUCCCGAAGUCUAAAGAGAGAAAUUAUGGAAUGCCACAUCUUUUCAUCCAAUAACGUGACAGCCAGGGCUUCUGUGGCAGGACAUACCAAAGUGGAUGAGUACCCACAAUGCUGAGUCCAAAAAGGCCAAAAAAGGGAUGAGAUGUGCAACAGGGGAGGAGUGCAAGGGCAGUAAAACAGUGGACUCCCAGCAGUGAAAGCCUCUGGGAUUAGUGUGCCUGUAAAAUUGGGAAGACUUUGGAAUGAUGAUGGACGUCUGUGACCUUUGUUUAUGAGCUGGAGACAGUAAAGAUGAAAAUCUAGAAAGUGCUUCUCUGAAACGGAUACUGUAUCAUGUCAGCGCAGAAGUGGCAUUGCUUACUGUAAUGAAUUCUUUAUUGGAUGUGAGGCUGCUUGUAAAUCCUGCCUUACUUUAACUUUUUCAACAUUUGCUGUUUUACAACUUUUAUUCUUUCAUAUUCAAGGUUCAGUAGCUUAUUCAGAAUCAGUGAAGGCUCAUGUAAGGUCAGUAGAGUUGACCUCAGUGGUUAAGGAGACCAUAGUACAGUAACAAUGAGAGCAGUCAGUGAGUGACGCUAUCUUUCUCUAUCUAAAACAUUCCAAAACAGGAAACAGCCAAGACAAUAGAAUCAGCACCAAGAUGGUAGUCAUUGGAAUCACUGUGUAGCCAUUGUAAGCGUUGGAGACCCACCAAUCUCCAUAUCUCUGUUAUCGGGGCCUGUGUAUAUCAGGUGCUUGAGGCAGGUGUGUCGUAUCACACACAAUAGAAUGUGCCCUUCGUGCUUGAAAUAAUGUGUUGAUUAAAUAUAAUAAAUACUUUUGUCUUAAGUUCUAUCGAAAAUAUGACGCUUCAAUAAUACCAGCAGACAAACAAUCACAAGUGCAGUAAAGAGUUGAAUAAAAAAAAAACAGCCUGCACUCUCUAAAACGUUUUCUCAUCUCAUCUCCUUUGUCGCUGAUCAUUGAUCUGAAAGGUCUGGGAAGGUGAAAGCAUAGAGAUUGAAACCCCACCAAGCCUAUAUUUCACCUUUCCCGUCACUCUAGAUCAGUGGUGUGGAGCGAGAGGAGGAUGCUGGUGAUAAUUGCUGGCACAUUGGCUUUCUGUGAGGUUCUUUUGAUGAAUGCUGCCAUCUCUUGAUCGCCAAAAUGAAUGGAUUGAAGAGAUGGUUCAGCGUUUACAUUGUUGUCUCAGAUCAAUUAUUUCUACCACCACAGUACAUACCACAUCUUAAUUUCUCAAAUGUAAAGUUAUGUGUCAUUAAAAAAAGCAAUGUAUAAAAUAUAUAUAAUAACAGUUAUUUUUUAAAUAGCUCUCAAUUGAUAACAUGUUUUCUCCAUGUACUCUCCCAGGGUCGUUUAACGCCAACCUGCGUCCCCCGGAGACGUUCUUCAAGGUGAUCUUCUGGCUGGGCUACUUCAACAGCUGCCUGAAUCCCAUCAUCUACCCCUGCUACAGCCGAGAGUUCAAGCAGGCCUUCAUCCGUAUCCUGAAGUGCCGCUGCCGUCAGAAGAAGAAGCAGAAGGGCUGGAGGGCCUACUACAACCACCACUCCUCCCACCUGGGCUCCACCAAUAGCUCCUACCUCAAUGGGAGUCAGCAGACCCUGUCCUCCAUCAACCCCAGCCCUCGCUGUGUCAGCAAAGGGGCCGGCUCUCGGCUGGAGCCUGGGAUCGACCUCCACUCCCCAUCCUCCUGCCCGUCUCUGCCUGGUGGGAGCCCCUUCACUGGCCAGAUGAGGGCCCUCCCUGGGGCUUUCUGCCAGAGCACCAGCGGAACCAGCAGAGUCCACCUGGUCUCCCCCCUGGCCAGGGAGCCAGUGCAUGCCAAUGGACAGAGUAAGAAUGGAGAGGUGGAGCAUGGAUCAAUCAGGGCAACGCCUGAGACAAUUAUGUAAUGGCAGUGUGGGGCACCAGUCAUAAGCCUGGACAAUGUUGUUUGAUAGUCUGUGCUUAUGCUGACAUGAGACUAGCAAAGAGCUUUUUUUUUUAGAGACUAUACAUUGGAUCAUUGUGAAUGUCUAAAUGCAAUAUGGACAGUAACCUAACUACUGUAGCAGUAUGGAUUGAAGGUGUACACAUCACAAUGUGUCCCUCAGUAUUUAUUACUAAGAAUCUGGUUGCUUGUUGUUCCAUGUCCUCCAGAUGUCAUCAUCAAUAGGUCUUUUGGACAAUUUUAGACAGAACACUGAAGGCCUCUGCUACUGCACAAAACAUUUUUCAGAACAAUGUGUGCAGCUCUGUCACAUACUGUACUACCUAGGCCCUUGAAAGACCCCGUGAAAAAGGGACCAACUUUUCCCACGUUUUGACUUUGGUAGCACUGCUCUGCAUUUGCAACAGACAUAUAAAAGACGUCUCUACAAUUCUUUGAGGGUAAAACAUAGCCUUGUUGUCAUAAUGUAUUUGUUCUAUUUGUAUGUUUGGUGAAACAUUUCUGGAGUCAUGGCUAUUGAAAGCAUUGUGUUGAGAUCAUUCAAGUUAAUUAUUGACAUGAAUCCCAGUGUGCAUUUGGGUUUGGUCUCUCAAUUUAUGAAUGUAUUUGCAACAUUCCAUAACAACCACUGUGUAAUGUAAUAUUGAAAAUGCAUUUUUAGGUAUGUAUAGCAUGUGGUGUAUCUUGAUAUACAGUGUCUUAUAGCAGCGUUUGUAGCUCACAUCUGCUAAACUUGGGAUUUAUGUUUAUUUAUUACAAUUUAGGUGGUGAUAGAAAUGUUGUUUUAUGUAAAGGGGAAUGUACUUUUAAUCUCAAACAAUUUAGAGGGACAGUGCAGAAACAACAUAACUAUGUUGACAAAUAAAAUAAAUCUUAAAUUAAAUUGAAAUUAAAGAUGCUCAGUGGCUGUUCAGAUGUAUCUACAGUACAUUUAAGGAUAUUGUAAACUCAAAUGCCCUAAAUGCUCUCUUGAAAAUAUGUAGUCAUAUUCAAACGUAUCAAUCUUAAUUCAGACAAAACAUUUUAUUUUUUAAAGAUGUUUUAUCCCACUAUGGUGACUAUAACCAAGUGAAACGGAAAUGUCAUAAUAUACUACUCCAUUACACACACACACACACACACACACACACACACACACACACACACACACACACACACACACACACACACACACACACACACACACACACACAGGCUCCCUGGUCCACCUCACACACACACACACACACACACACACACACACACACAGGCUCCCUGGUCCACCUCACACACACACACACACACACACACACACACACACACACACAGGCUCCCUGGUCCACCUCACACACACACACACACACACACACACACACACACAGGCUCCCUGGUCCACCCCAUAACUCCUACCACUCACUGUACAUUCUGUUAAGACACAGAUAAGACAACACAGAGGUGAUUUGUGUCUAAAGAAAUGGCUUUGUUGUACAUGAUGUUCUUUUGUAAAUGGUUUUGAGUGCAGAGGUUAAAUAAACGUGAUUUAUGAAUGUUCCUUGGUGUUCCUCAUCUUAUCUCAGUUGCAUUAUUAAAGUGAAAGUUACAUACAUAACACCCUCCUUUUAAAGGAAUGGAACAAAUCUUUACACAUUUCAGCAUCAAGGGUAUUUUAUUGUGGGCAAGCAACAGCAUCGGUGAGAAAGGCCAGGAGCAUAAAACAAGCUCCUUAUUAAGUGUGGCAUUACAACAUGUUUCUUGUUUUUCUGAUUGUUGUAGAAUUUGGUAGCAUCUUGAAACAAAUAAGGAUCUUCAGCACAGUCUGUCCAACGGCAGCAUGAAAGCAUAUGCAGCAGAGGUCAAGGCAGGAUGUUUAACACAGGGUCAAGAACACACAUCCCCUCUGCAAAUAUGACUCUUAUCCAUUCAGUGAUACAGCAUACUGUGGACAAUAGAUGUUCAGCACAGAAUGUCAGAGAAGUUUCUAUGCCAGCAAUAAAGCACAUUUUGAAGAUACUUCAUACAUAUAAUCCGUCCACAUCAUGUGAUCUUAAUAAAAAAAGUAUGAGAGAUCUCUCUCGAGAGAGCGAGCGAGCGAGAGAGAGAGAGGCGAGAGAGAGAGGAGAGAGAGAGAGGUAGGGAAGAGAGAGAGGAGAGAGAGAGAGGAGAGAGAGAGGAGAGAGGUAUAGGGUGAGCGAUAGCAUCUACCUAUAGACUCGUGCGUUCGCAGUCUCUCAGCGUAGAGUCGAGUAUCUACGCUCAUAUCAUCAGUCUUGUCUCAUAGCUCUUCCUCCUCUUCUCUCUCAUCUUCUCUCUCUCUUCUCUCUCUCUCUCUCUCUCUCUCUCUCUCUCAUCUCUCUCUCUCUCUCUCUCUAUCUCUCUCUUCUCUCUCUCAAAAUGGCCCCACUACUUUUAUAAUUUGUAAACAAGAUACCAGCAUUUGGAUUUGGGGAGCAAGCCCCAUCUUUCUGGAUUGUUGAUGAUGAUGCAUGAGACUUGUCUUAAAGUUACAGUACUAGCUGGUGUUUAUUCAGUACUAGCUGGUUGGUCUACUACUGGUGUUAGGUAUUAAGUUACAGCCUGGGUGAUAGAGUUACAGUACUAGCUGGGUGUUUAAGUUACAGUACUAGCUGGGUGUAUGAGUUACAGUACUAGCUGGGUGUUAUAUAGUGGAUAGUACAGUACUAGCUGGUGUAUUAGAGUUACAGUACUAGCUGGGUGUAUUAGAGUUACAGUACUAGCUGGGUGUAUUAGAGUUACAGUACUAGCUGGGUGUAUUAGAGUUACAGUACUAGCUGGGUGUAUUAGAGUUACAGUACUAGCUGGGUGUAUUAGAGUUACAGUACUAGCUGGGUGUAUUAGAGUUACAGUACUAGCUGGGUGUAUUAGAGUUACAGUACUAGCUGGGUAGCCUGGCUGAUGCAACCCACGUGACUCACAGCGCAGGGAGAGUUAGGUGUUAGCCAGACCACUAGCUGGCCUCCAGACUAGUCAGGUCAACCAAGACCAUUGGUCAUCACCACCCUGCAAUGGCCUGAAUGUAAUCUUUACACUGAUGUCAGAGAUUUCUGAAUGGCUAGUUAGAGAGAGUAAAAAAAUAUACACUAGAUUCGAUCUAUAUAUUAUGCUGAUUCAUCGUUUCUUUUAAAAGGUCCAAUGCAGCAUUUUUUAAAUGUUGUUUCUCAAUAUCAAAUCAUUUCUGGGUAACAAUGAAGUACCUUACUGUGAUGUUUUCAAUUAAAAUGUUCAAAAAGAAACAAAAAUAGCUUCUUAGCAAAGAGCAAUUUCUGAAGCAAGUAUUUUGGUAGCACUGUCUGGGAGUGGUCUGAGUGAGGAGGGGAACACUGGAAACUAGCUGUUAUUGGCAGAGAGGUUUGGAACUCUCUUUCUUAUUGGUCUAUUAACUAAUUUACUGCCUGGUGAUGUCACCAGGCAGCAGUGGCAAUUUUAGAAUGUAAAUCUUGGUGGGGCAAACUCAACCAAUUUUUUUUUUUAUGGAUGCCAGCAAAGCCACUACACAACACAACACUAAACAAUACAUUAAUUGCACUAUAACAGUGACAAACGGUGCCCACAAACUGUUAGGGCCUACGUAAAUCUGUCACAACAGUGGAGCUUUCUCGUGGAGAAAAGCACAUGAGCUAAUUAUAAUACACAAAGUAAGCAAAACAAUUAAAUGCAUCAUUCUAACAUUGCCUAAAAUGAUAAAUAACAUAAUAAUGAGAUAGACCUAUAUAAGCAAUAUACUGUAAAAAUUGAGAUGUACAAACUAUGGCAUAAGGGAAAGAUGAACGGAUAAGAGGCAAGCCGUAAUUUUGAUUAAGAUGGACGUAGUCGAUAUGCCUAUUUGUUCAGCACUUUUGAAAUGGACUGCGACAGAAUUCAGAACAGGGGCCGUUCUUACAGUAUUCUCCCUGUACACCAAGUCAGAACCAUAGGAUAAAUAAAGGGGGCAUAUAAGCAGACUAUGAAAGCUCUUACGAUAUGAUGACAUUUCUCUAAAACAGGUUAUAGGCUACAUGUGCACCACCAAGUCAGAACAGUAGGCUAAGUUAUGAGGGGGAAAGGGACCAAAUUAUUAGGGCGAGGCACAUGGGCUACUAACAGCUUACUACACAACAUACACUUAGUAUUACUUUCUUAGCUACAGUAUACAUAUCUCCCUGGCAUAUUGCAUAAUUGAUGCAGCAGCAUAUAAUACAUUUUGGGACUCACCAUCGUUGUGUUGUGCUCACUUGAACAGGAAGGUGGCGUGGCGGUCCUUCAUGUGGGCAAACUUUGUCAUCAAAGUCUGCCAUUCUCCGGAUGACGUCAUGCUGGAUUGACAGCAUGGCCAAUGUAAUCAACAUUUUCUGGCCCAUGGUGUUGCAUGUAAAUGUUUAUCCUUUUAAGCUUGGAAAAGAGACCCUUUCAGACAGAUGUUUUAAAUCCUUAAACCCAGACUUGGACCACACACCCUCUACACUGAAUAGCAGGCAGGGAAAUCAAAAUAGUGAUUGCUUUGCAACAUUUGCAGUUAUUCCUUCCAAACCACUCAUUGUUGAAUUUGCGAUUUCCGACUUGUUGUGCAAUGUUUAUGUCCAAUGGCCGAUGAGCAUCGAUACGUUUUAUCCAUAAUUUCUCUUCAUAUGACAAGGAUUGAAAAGGAUUUACCAGUUGAUUGUCGACGUGAUUCAUGAGGAUGACUGCUUGUCUAGAUAGCUAGCUUGCUAAGAUUUUGAAAGUAUGAUGUUGACAUGAUCAGUCCAAUCAAAGCUACAGUCGUGGUCAAAAGUUUUGAGAAUGACACAAGUAUUGGUCUUCACAAAGUUUGCUGCUUCAGUGUUUUUAGAUAUUUUUGUCAGAUGUUACUAUGGUAUACUGAAGUAUAAUUACAAGCAUUCCAUAAGUGUCAAGGCUUUUAUUGACAAUUACAUUAAGUAUAUGCAAAGAGUCAAUAUUUGCAGUGUUGACCCUUCUUUUUCAAGACCUCUGCAAUCCGCCCUGGCAUGCUGUCAAUUAACUUCUGGGCCACAACCUGACUAAUGGCAGCCCAUUCUUGCAUAAUCAAUGCUUGGAGUUUGUCAGAAUUUGUGGGGUUUUGUUUGUCCACCCGCCUCUUGAGGAUUGACCACAAGUUGCUCUCGGAGGAUGUGUUGGUACAAUUCUUUAUUUAUGGUUGUGUUCUUGGGAAAAAUUGUGAGUGAGCCCACUCCCUUGGCUGAGAAGCAACCCCACACAUGAAUGGUCUCAGGAUGCUUUACUGUUGGCAUGACACAGGACUGAUGGUAGCGCUCACCUUGUCUUCUCCGGACAAGCUUUUUUCCGGAUGCCCCAAACAAUUGGAAAGGGGAUUCAUCAGAGAAAAAUACAUUACCCCAGUCCUCAGCAGUCCAAUCCCUGUACCUUUUGCAGAAUAUCAGUCUGUCCCUGAUGUUUUUCCUGGAGAGAAGUGGCUUCCUCACUGCCCUUCUUGACACCAGGCCAUCCUCCAAGAGUCUUCGCCUCACUGUGCGUGCAGAUGCACUCACACCUGCCUGCUGCCAUUCCUGAGCAAGCUCUGCACUGGUGGUGCCCCGAUCCCGCAGCUGAAUCAACUUUAGGAGACGGUCCUGAUGCUUGCUGGACUUUCUUGGGCGCCCUGAAGCAUUCUUCACAACAAUUGAACCUCUCUCCUUGAAGUUCUUGAUGAUCCGAUAAAUGGUUGAUUUAGGUGCAAUCUUACUAGCAGCAAUAUCCUUGCCUGUGAAGCCCUUUUUGUGCAAAGCAAUGAUGACGGCACGUGUUUCCUUGCAGGUAACCAUGGUUAACAGAGGAAGAACAAUGAUUUCAAGCACCACCCUCCUUUUAAAGCUUCCAGUCUGUUAUUCUAACUCAAUCAGCAUGACAGAGUGAUCUCCAGCCUCGUCCUCGUCAACAAUCUGACCUGUGUUAACAAGAGAAUCACUGACAUGAUGUCAGCUGGUCCUUUUGUGGCAGGGCUGAAAUGCAGUGGAAAUGUUUUUUGGGGAUUAAGUUCAUUUUCAUGGCAAAGAGGGACUUUGCAAUUAAUUGCAAUUCAUCUGAUCACUCUUCAUAACAUUCUGGAGUAUAUGCAAAUUGCCAUCAUAAAAACUGAGGCAACAGACUUUGUGAAUAUUAAUAUUUGUGUCAUUCUCAAAACUUUUGACCACGACUGUACAGUAGAUAUAGCAUGAUUUGACAUAAUUUUAUCUGUGGCCAAUGACCUUGAGCCUUCUUGGAAGGGCACUUCUAAUGUAACUCUAUGGCAGCACCCAAGGGGGAUUGAACUGCCUAGCUCUCCUUGUAGAUUCUGCAGUGAUGUAGUGUCAACCAUGAGUGACAGAACACUGAGCCAAUCACGGCGCAACUAGAGAAGAUUACCAACGCCUACGCUCUGUGCUUUCGCUGGCUGCCCCUCCACCACAGAAAGCACUGAGCUAGACUAAAACACCUGCAUUUUGUAGCUGCCUUACUCAAUAAAGAGACCAUGUUUGUAUGCGGCUUAAUUAACUAAAGGAAUGUUGUUGUUUUUUUACAUUGUUUGCAAACUGAUAUGUGACACAAAUGAAUGCCAGAAUAACAUGCAAAACAGGAAAACUUGUAUUAAUUUAUUUGUAUCUUUUUUUUUUUUGCUGAACAGGUGAGGCUCUUCCCCACCUGCCCUGAAUGACGGGUCGCCACUGCCAUGCAGGCCAAAACUCCAUCCCACCAAAAAGGCUGACUUUUUUUUUUUCAAACAGCUCUAAAAGAUAAUUUCACAAUUUCACAGUAUUAUUCCAAACUCAUAGUUUUUUAUUUAUUUUAUUUCACCUUUAUUUAACCAGGUAAGCCAGUUGAGAACAAGUUCUCAUUUACAACUGCGACCUGGCCAAGAUAAAGCAAAGCAGUGCGAUAAAAACAACAACACAGAGUUACAUAUGGGGUAAAACAAAACAUAAAGUCAAAAAUACAACAGAAAAUAUAUAUACAGUGUGUGCAAAUGUAGCAAGUUAUGGAGGUAAGGCAAUAAAUAGGCUAUAGUGCAAAAUAAUUACAAUUAGUAUUAACACUGGAAUGAUAGAUGUGCAAGAGAUGAUGUGCAAAUAGAGAUACUGGGGUGCAAAUGAGCAAAAAUAAAUAACAAUAUAGGGAUGAGGUAGUUGGGUGGGCUAAUUUCAGAUGGGCUGUGUACAGGUGCAGUGAUCGGUAAGGUGCUCUGACAACUGAUGCUUAAAGUUAGUGAGGGAGAUAAGAGUCUCCAGCUUCAGAGAUUUUUGCAAUUUGUUCCAGUCAUUGGCAGCAGAGAACUGGAAGGAAUGGCGGCCAAAGGAGGUGUUGGCUUUGGGGAUGACCAGUGAGAUAUACCUGCUGGAGCGCAUACUACAGGUGGGUGUUGCUAUGGUGACCAAUGAGCUAAGAUAAGGCGGGGAUUUGCCUAGCUGUGAUUUAUAGAUGGCCUGGAGCCAGUGGGUUUGGCGACGAAUAUGUAGUGUGGAAAUGUAUAUACAACACAAGAAAAUCACGUUUUUGACUGCACUGGGCCUUUAAUGAUUAUGUUGAGGGUGAAAUGUUCUUUGAGCCAACUGUUUCCUGAAUGACUACAUCUCCCAGAGUGCCUCAGCCUCGUAUUGAUUUGAUAAGCAGCCGGAAGAGAUGUUUAUAGAGGAAAUGUCAUCGUGAGUAGAGGUAGGACUGUAGCUACAAGGUAGAAAAUAUGCCAUAUUAUACCCAUAAACGAACUAUUUUUGUGUAUCUUUACGUUGGUGUAUACAUAAUUAAGUUUCAAGUAUUCAAAUAUAUAGAAAACAUAGAAAAUACAUGUCACAAUAUGUAUCAUUUGGGUCUGUAACUGGUAGCUAGCAUUUUCCUGCUAGCUAGCUAACAUUAGCUGACUAGCCAGAAAGCUAGCUUUAACACUGAAGUUUUAAACAUGUUUGGGAUAAAGCUAGCUGCUAGAUAAACAAACCUAAUGGUAGCUAUUAUUAUGUUAUCUGACAUGUCGCUAGCGUAUUAGCAGUAAAAAGCAGUGCCUCUACUACUUUUGUGUUGGAGAGCAAGCCAACAUGACAAGGCUAGCUAGCCAAGUUUGCAACUGAACGGUCAGAACCUACCGAGACAAAGAUUAUGGAUAUACUGACAAGAUGCAUGUCUCUCUGCCUUAACAAUGGGAGUCGUCCACAAAGUGGCACGGUGGGGGCUGUCUAGCUCCCGCCUAUCCUUUCUUUGGAUUGGUGGAUACAUCUUUAUUAUUGUAAUCCCUUUUUGAAUAUUCGAUGAGGGUUGUUGACGUCAACCGCCUGCGUUCAAUGGAGAGAGACUAUGCUACUAACCUCCAAUACAUGAAUAUGCAUAGCCAUCUCGAGACAACUCAAAGUUGCCGGGAUGUCACAUGUCCUACUUAUAUCAGUACACUCCUAACAACUUAAGCAUUACGAAACGUCUAUUAGACCAAAUAAACAUAAUCUAGCAAAUAAGACAUUCAUUUUUUUGCUGACCAAAUUCAACACUCCAUACAAAAACUCCUUGCUUGGUCAGCGGAACAAUGAAAAAAAUUCCACAUUUUCGGCUGAGUUGGGCCUCUCCCUUCCUCUCUGACUGAGAGCUCGAGAAGACUGAUCUAGCUAGCUAUGUCACUGGCACAGAAUUGAUAGAGCAUGGGAAAAAUAUGAUUUCUAUGGUCACUGGUAUCUCAGUGCAGUGUGAUUGACAUAAUCUAUCCCAAGAUUAAACUGAGAUACAGGUUAAAUUGACUGAAUGUAGAACUGACUGCAAUUCCUACUUUUAUGUGAAGUUUUGUACAGGGAGAAAAUUAAAUGGAAUCCUCAGCAGACAAGGAGUCUGAGGCACUCCUUGACAGGAUGACCAACUCUCUGACCAAUGCUAUGAGAGAAUCUGAACAGCAUGAAUGUCCAGACGGCCAAAGCACUGCAGCCCACAGGGGUACUGAGCAGGAGGACGAUGCCUUCUUUGACUGUGAGGAGUCUCUGGAUGGAGCAGACGGCUCCAUGGGUGACCGGCAAAGAAGGACUGACUGUUCAGAAGCCCCAGCAUUAUGCCAGGCAGCAGAGGGAUGUUCACCAAACACAGAGAAAGAACACGUCAAUGCAGAGUUAGGAGAAGAAGCUGAGUUUUCAGGGGAGAUAACUACAUUAUUGGGAGAUGAAGAGGGGGAGAGAGGUGAAGAAGAGGAGGAAAAAGAAAGUUGGGAUGAGUGCACUGAAGAAGAAGACAAGAGUGUGGCAGUUGAAGGGGGAGAUUCUGAUACUGAACUGAAGGAAGAAGACAACAGCGCUCCUGAGUUUGAUGAGGAGUAUCUGAGAGAAGUGGAGAAAGACAUGACGGAGGAGGAAAAGGAGGUGAACUUGACAGUUUCAGUUUCUUAACAUGACGCUUUCAGUAAAAAAAAAAAAUCUCAAUUUGAAACUCUACAACCGUCAUUUGGUGGUCAGUAAAUUGACAUUACAAAGCUCAAUGUGUUUUGUGUGUUUGUUGUUUUCACUGUGCAAUAGAGCCGCAGAGAGGAGAGCAUGAGACUAAAGGACAAGGGGAACAGUCAGUUCAAGAGUGGAGGUAAGCUGCUGUAGGCUGGAACUGUAUACUGCUGUAGGAUGAAUGUUAGAGAAAACGUGUCAAACGGGAUCUUAGCGAAUGCAUCGAUUCACUUAAACUAUUGCUGACAUCUAACCUUUUUAUGCAAGUAAAAGUGUCGGUGAAAUGUAUUAUGCGAGAAAUGUCAGUGGAAACGCAUUUGUGCGUAGAUAUUGACAUAAUAACCAUCAUAUCGAAGUAAACUUGGAGUCACGCGAUGACAUGUUGUGUGGUCCUCCCACUACGACUCGUCGGGAAAGCAUGCAGUUUAUUAAGCUACUGAUGAAAUAAGCUAUGAUUAACUUCACAGGGUGAUGAAAGUGCACGGUGAUGGAUGAGAGUUCCAAAAAACAUAGAGGAUCUUAUACUGGUUACAUGAUGAUCGAUGCUCGGCUGCUGGUCGACCAAAUCCAAAUAAUCUCGCUCUUUUGUCCAUAAUAAUCUCAUCAUGUAGGCCAGUGGUUCCCAACCAGGGGUACUAAGACCCCUGCGGGUACUUGGUCUAUCCACACGGGGUACUUGGUCUAUCCACACGGGGUACUUGGUCUAUCCACACGGGGUACUUGAGAUCAUAGGCCUAAUGGUAAAAUGCACAUGAGGAGGUACUCCAGGGGUACUCUGAACAGGGCAAAAUUCAGUUGGUGGUACAGUAACCGAAAAAGGUUGUGAACCACUGAUGGAGGCUAUACCCGUACUGUAUCUGCCAGCUGUUGGCUAGAGCGCAUGUGACAAGACCAGAGUGGGCACACUUUUUUGUGAGAAAAAAACAUCAGUAGGAUUGAAAAUGCGACGGAAAACCAUGUAACUUUUUAAAAAAUAUAUAUAUAUUAUUUAUUUAUUUUGUUUUAAAAAAUGUAGGGGAUAGAUCAGCUUUAAUAUUGCAGAUAGAUUGUAACUUCCAUCAGUGUAAUUGUCUGCAUCACUUCCAAUCCCCCAUAUGUUUUUACUUUUUUCUCUCUCGCAUAUAUAUAUAUAUAUAUAUAUAUAUAUAUAUCUAUCCUUUAAAAAUAUAUAUAUUUCCCUUUAUUACUUUCCAACCCCACCAUCCCCUCCCUAAUUGGAGUAAACUAGUGAACAACAAUGCUUAGGCCUCUACUUCAUGCUUAUACAUACUAUAUACAUUUUAUGGACACAGUCAAUAAUUAUAUUUUGUUUGUUUUUACUCCUGAACUUCCUCCGAUCAUUUUCAUGAUGUCCAUCUGGUAUGCUUCUAUAUGCCAUAUCUUUCUAACUGUGCUCUUUCACAAAAGCUCACAAUAUAUAACCUAUAAAACCAUUUAACUUGUAUUUUUUAUUCACUAUGUCAUCACGCACAGCCUUUUAUCCGAAAUAAGUCAUGUUUUGAUGCAAACACAUCUCUGGUGAGAAAAUGUGCAUAUUGUUUUUAUGCAGAUUUUAGGAUUUUCACAUGAAAGUCUGUCACCAAUUGGAUGGAAACCUAGCUAGUGCGAAUCAGCCCCAAAAUGUGCUUUAGUGUUAACAUACUGUUCACUUUGAGGCUGUGUCUGUGUAUACAGUGCAUUCGGAAAGUAUUCAGACCGCGUCCCCUUUUCCACAUUUUGUUACGUUACAGCCUUAUUCUAAAAUGUAUUUUUAAAAAUGUAAAUCCUCAUCAAUCUACACACAAUACCCCAUAAUGACAAAGCGAAAACAGGUUUUUAGAAAUGUUUACAAAUGUAUUCAAAAUCAAAAACAGAAAUACCUUAUUUACGUAAGUAUUCAGACUCUUUGCUAUGAGACUCGGGUGCAUCCUUUUCCAUUGAUCAUCCUUGAGAUGUUUCUACAACUUCACCUGUGGUAAAUUCAAUUGAUUGGACAUGAUUUGGAAAGGCAUACACAUUUCUAUAUAAGGUCCCACAGUUGACAGUGCAUGUCAGAAAAAAAAACAAGCCAUGAGGUCGAAGGAAUUGUCCGUAGAGGUCCGAGACAAGAUUGUGUCGAGGCACAUAUCUGGGGAAGGGUACCAAUACAUUUCUGCAGUAUUGACGGUCCCCAAGAUCACAGUGGCCUCCAUCAUUCUUAAAUGGAAGAAGUUUGGAACCACCAAGACUCUUCCUAGAGCUGGCCGCCCGGCCAAACUUGGCAAUCAGGGGAGAAGGGCCUUGGUCAGGGAGGUGACCAAGAACCCGAUGUUCACUCUGACAGAGCUCUAGAGUUCCUCUGUGGAGAUGGGAGAACCUUCUAGAAGGACAACCAUCUCUGCAGCACUCCACCAAUCAGGCCUUUAUGAUAGAGUGGCCAAACGGAAUCCACUCCUCAGUAAAAGGCACAUGACAGCCCGCUUGGAGUUUGCCAAAAGGCACCUAAAGGACUCUCAGACCAUGAGAAACAAGAUUCUCUGGUCUGAUGAAACCAAGAUUGAACUCUUUGGCCUGAAUGCCAAGCGUCAUGUCUGGAGUAAACCUGGCACCAUCCCUAUUUUCAGGUCUCUCCAGAGAUGUUCAAUCGGGUUCAAGUCCGGGCUCUGGCUGGGCCACUCAAGGACAUUCAGAGACUUGUCCCGAAGCCACUCCUGCGUUGUCUUGUCUGUGUGCUUAGGGUCGUUUUCCUGUUGGAAGGUGAACCUUCGCCCCAGUCUGAGGUCCUGAGUGCUCUGGAGCAGGUUUUCAUCAAGGAUCUCUCUGUACUUUGCUCCGUUCAUCUUUCCCUCGAUCCUGACUAGUCUCCCAGUCCCUGCUGCUGAAGAACAUCCCCACAGCAUGAUGCUGCCACCACCAUGUUUCACCAUAGGGAUGGUGCCAGGUUUACUCCAGACGUGACGUUUGGCAUUUAGGCCAAAGAGUUCAAUCUUGGUUUCAUCAGACCAGAGAAUCUUGUUUCUCAUGGUCUGAGAGUCCUUUAGGUGCCUUUUGGCAAACUCCAAGCGGGCUGUCAUGUGCCUUUUACUGAAGAGUGGCUUCCGUCUGGCCGCUCUAUCAUAAAGGCCUAAUUGGUAGGCGUGUCCAAACUUUUGCCUGGUACUGUAUGUAAAUGCCAUAUUUCAGUUGUUAUUUGUUUAAUACAUUUGCAAAAAUGUCUACGAACCUGUUUUUGCUUUGUCAUUAUGGGGUAUUGUGUGUAGGUUGAUGAGGGGGAAAAAAAACAAUUUAAUCAAUUUUAGAAUAAGGCUGUAACGUAACAAAAUGUGGAAAAAGUCAAGGGGUCUGAAUACUUUCGGAAUGCACUGUCUACUGUUUGCAUGUGUGCACCAGCAGCAAGGCCUACUUGGAUGGAUAAUUGACUGACACUUCUUCAUAUCUUCCCAGAGCACACUGAGGCAGAGGAGUCGUACACCGCAGCUUUAGGAUUAUGCCCCGUGUGUUACAGCAAGGAGAGGGCUAUUCUCUUCUCUAACCGUGCUGCUGCCCGCCUGCACCUGGUAAGAGUGGUAGCUAGCAACAUUUCAACUUAACCAAGUGGGGAACUCUGAGGACCUAUUUGAGAUCAUCUAGUUGGGUAGUUAUAACCCUCCAAGAGUUCUCCUGAAUUUCAGUGUCAGACAGCUAUGGCUGAAGUCUACAUUUUAUGGCACAAUUGUAUAAAGUAGACCCAGUGCUUACUGGACCUUACUUAGACACUGACAGAAUCUGUGAUCAAUAAAAACGACCUUCUCUUGAAUCCAGCAAUAGCCUAGGCCUAGGUGUGUGGAGACAUAUUGUAGGCUACAAUAUGAAAUUAUAGUCUUAAAAAUGCUUUUCAAUUUUACUGACUCACCCAAUGAUGCGCAGCUCAACCGCUGGUGAUGGCUGAUGCGCUUGUGCCAAAAGACUCUCUCUCUCUUGUUUUACUUUGUAAUGUAAAUGUAAAACAAUAUUUGAAAGUCAGUGGAGGCUGCUGAGGGGAGGAUGGCUCAUAAUAAUGACCGGAAUGGAGUGAAUCGAACGGUAGCGGAAACACGUGAUUUUCAUGUUUGAAACCAUUCCAUUCCAGACAUUACACUCCAUUCCAGACAUUACACUCCAUUCCAGACAUUACACUCCAUUCCAGCCAUUUAUUAUGAGCCGUCCUCCCGUCAGCAGCCUCUACUGUUGAAUGUUGAUCAAAUAUUUUGGUAGCCUACAGUAUACGGAUUCGUUUUCUCUUUUCAGCAGGAGCCAUUUGCUUUCCAACCUGUGUUUUCCCGCGAUUGUAUUUGAAAUAUUUUGUCUGCGUGUGGUUUGUUCACUGACAUAUUUGCUGCGCGUUCCCGACUAGGCUAUGCCUUGUUAUUGGGCUACACACAAUCCACAGCUAGGAAAUUUUUUAAAGAAGCUAUUGAUCCUCUGCAGACAAAUUAUAGGCCUUCUCAUGGUGUAGUAGGUUAUUCAGAACCCUUUAUAUAGCUCCUUCAGAACCCUUUAUAUAGCUCCUUCAGAACCCUUUAUAUAGCUCCUUCAGAACCCUUUAUAUGAUUCUAUAAGGAAAUAAAUGUCUAUCAGAGCGGCAAGAGGGAGAAAAAUCAUAUAAAGUGAAUCUCAUUCUAGUUCAGUGAGAGAUACAGGCGUGCUUCUCACACAGCCACGUCCGCUUGUUGGUCUCAAACAGGUUAGUUACAAUGUUGCGCAAACCUUAAGCCCGGGCCGGCCCAACCCCAAUCAACUCUUAGAAUAUCUGGCCUGGGGGGAAAAUCUACUUUUUCACAUGACGUUUUUGGGGGAGAAUUAACAAAGAGGCAACUCGAAUGACCUUUGAUCUCUUUCAUUCAAAUUUUUACAUUGCAAAAAGUGAACAUUAUUUUUCAUGCCACGAGAGGUACCGGAUCCGGUCAAAUAGGUUCCGGAACUAAACAGUCCAAAAUGGAGAUGUGCCGGAUCCUGUUCCAGCAGGCUCAAAUUAAGCACUGAGUAAACCACCAGAUGUCCCAAGAGGGUGGGUCAAAGAGACAGAUCUCUAGUGACCCCUAGUGGUACUCUACUGUAGCCACAUACUACAUAAGCUUAGUAUAGGUUUGACUGGCAAACACAAUUCCACCUGGUUAUUCAGAUGGCUCGUGUCAAGACAUCAACAGGCCAUUUGGAAUUGAUGUCAUCUUGUCAUAACCUUUCCAACAAAACAAAUACACAACAAAAUGAUAACUGCUGAGUUUAAAACACCUUUUCCCCCUAAUAGGAUAAGCAUGAGAAAGCCAUCGCUGACUGCACAAAGGGUGAGUCUAUUACAUCUGUGUUCUAAUUCUACCUUGUCAGACUAUUGAACUGUCUAGGACAUGGCUUGCCAGACUAUUGAACUGUCUAGGACAUGGCUUGCCAGACUAUUGAACUGUCUGGGACAUGGCUUGCCAGACUAUUGAACUGUCUGGGACAUGGCUUGCCAGACUAUUGAACUGUCUAGGACAUGGCUUGCCAGACUAUUGAACUGUCUAGGACAUAGCUUGCCAGACUAUUGAACUGUCUAGGACAUGGCUUGCCAGACUAUUGAACUGUCUGGGACAUGGCUUGCCAGACUAUUGAACUGUCUAGGACAUGGCUUGCCAGACUAUUGAACUGUCUAGGACAUAGCUUGCCAGACUAUUGAACUGUCUAGGACAUAGCUUGCCAGACUAUUGAACUGUCUGGGACAUGGCUUGCCAGACUAUUGAACUGUCUAGGACAUGGCUUGCCAGACUAUUGAACUGUCUAGGACAUGGCUUGCCAGACUAUUGAACUGUCUGGGACAUGGCUUGCCAGACUAUUGAACUGUCUAGGACAUGGCUUGCCAGACGAUUGAACUGUCUGGGACAUGGUGCGCUUCUUUCCCAGUGUAUUGUGUGUGAAGCAGACACACUUCCCACUCCAGAACACUGUGUUAAAAAAAAAAUAUAUAUAUAUAUAUAUAAUUCUGUUCAACCAAACCAGGCGUAUCUCCUUAAAUUACAGUUGCUAUUAUCAAAAUCACCAACACCAGGUGCAGAUUUGAAUGAAUGCCGUUUUUAUUAUUCAUACCCAUCAAUACAUAACUAGCACUCUGAACAUGUGUCCUUGUUUCGUCACCUCCAGCCAUCGAGUUGAACCCAAACUACAUGCGGGCGAUCCUGCGGAGGGCAGAGCUCUAUGAGAAAACAGACAAGCUGGAUGAGGCUUUGGAAGACUACAAGGCUGCUCUGGAGAAAGACCCCGACCUGCCUACUGCCAGAGAGGCCUGCAUGGUUAGUAGCAACCACUGACAUUUAACUCUUAAGAUAAUUGUUAGCAGAACAGAGAAGGCUUACAUUUAAAAGUCACUCUUCGCCUCCCGAGCGGUGCAGUAUCACUACAGACCCGGGUUCGAUCCCGGGCUGUAGUACAACGGCCGUGAUCGGGAGUCCCAUAGGGCGGCGAACAAUUGGCCCAGCGUCGUCCGGGUUAGGGGAGGGUUUGGCCGGGGGGUGGGGGGGGGGCUUUACUUGGCUCAUCGCGCUCUAGCGACUCCAUGUGGCGGGCCGGGCGCCUGCAUACUGACCUCGGUUGUCAGUUGAACAGUGUUUCCUCCGACAGAUUGGUGCGGCUGGCAUCUGGGCUAAGCGGGUGGGUUUUAAGAAGCGCGGUUUGGCUUUAUUUGACUCGACCUUCGCCUUCAGAGCACAUUGGGGAGUUGCAGCGAUGAGACAAGAUCGAAAAAGGGGGUCAAAUAAAAAAAGAAUAUAUAUAUAUACAGUGGGGAAAAAAAGUAUUUAGUCAGCCACCAAUUGUGCAAGUUCUCCCACUUAAAAAAAUGAGAGAGGCCUGUAAUUUUCAUCAUAGGUACACGUCAACUAUGACAGACAAAAUGAGGGAAAAAAAUCCAGAAAAUCACAUUGUAGGAUUUUUAAUGAAUUUAUUUGCAAAUGAUGGUGGAAAAUAAGUAUUUGGUCAAUAAUAAAAGUUUCUCAAUACUUUGUUAUAUACCCUUUGUUGGCAAUGACACAGGUCAAACGUUUUCUGUAAGUCUUCACAAGGUUUUCACACACUGUUGCUGGUAUUUUGGCCCAUUCCUCCAUGCAGAUCUCCUCUAGAACAGUGAUGUUUUGGGGCUGUCGCUGGGCAACACGGACUUUCAACUCCCUCCAAAGAUUUUCUAUGGGGUUGAGAUCUGGAGACUGGCUAGGCCACUCCAGGACCUUGAAAUGCUUCUUACGAAGCCACUCCUUCAUUGCCCGGGCGGUGUGUUUGGGAUCAUUGUCAUGCUGAAAGACCCAGCUACGUUUCAUCUUCAAUGCCCUUGAUGAUGGAAGGAGGUUUUCACUCAAAAUCUCACGAUACAUGGCCCCAUUCAUUCUUUCCUUUACACGGAUCAGUCGUCCUGGUCCCUUUGCAGAAAAACAGCCCCAAAGCAUGAUGUUUCCACCCCCAUGCUUCACAGUAGGUAUGGUGUUCUUUGGAUGCAACUCAGCAUUCUUUGUCCUCCAAACACGACGAGUUGAGUUUUUACCAAAAAGUUCUAUUUUGGUUUCAUCUGACCAUAUGACAUUCUCCCAAUCCUCUUCUGGAUCAUCCAAAUGCACUCUAGCAAACUUCAGACGGGCCUGGACAUGUACUGGCUUAAGCAGGGGGACACGUCUGGCACUGCAGGAUUUGAGUCCCUGGCGGCGUAGUGUGUUACUGAUGGUAGGCUUUGUUACUUUGGUCCCAGCUCUCUGCAGAUCAUUCACUAGGUCCCCCCGUGUGGUUCUGGGAUUUUUGCUCACCGUUCUUGUGAUCAUUUUGACCCCACGGGGUGAGAUCUUGCGUGGAGCCCCAGAUCGAGGGAGAUUAUCAGUGGUCUUGUAUGUCUUCCAUUUCCUAAUAAUUGCUCCCACAGUUGAUUUCUUCAAACCAAGCUGCUUACCUAUUGCAGAUUCAGUCUUCCCAGCCUGGUGCAGGUCUACAAUUGUGUUUCUGGUGUCCUUUGACAGCUCUUUGGUCUUGGCCAUAGUGGAGUUUGGAGUGUGACUGUUUGAGGUUGUGGACAGGUGUCUUUUAUACUGAUAACAAGUUCAAACAGGUGCCAUUAAUACAGGUAACGCGUGGAGGACAGAGGAGCCUCUUAAAGAAGAAGUUACAGGUCUGUGAGAGCCAUAAAUCUUGCUUGUUUGUAGGUGACCAAAUACUUAUUUUCCACCAUAAUUUGCAAAUAAAUUCAUUAAAAAUCCUACAAUGUGAUUUUCUGGAUUUCUUUUUCUCAAUUUGUCUGUCAUAGUUGACGUGUACAUAUGAUGAAAAUUACAGGCCUCUCUCAUCUUUUUAAGUGGGAGAAUUUGCACAAUUGGUGGCUGACUAAAUACUUUUUUUCCCCACUGUAUAUAUAUAUAUAUAUAUAUAUAUAUAUAUAUAUAUAUAUAUAUAUACACAGUACCAGUCAAAAGUUUGGAAACUCAUUCCAGGGUUUUUCUUUAUUUUUUACUAUUUUCUACAUUGUAGAAUAAUAGUGAAGACAUCAAAACUAUGAAAUAACACAUAUGGAAUCAUGUAGUAACCAAAGUGUUAAACAAAUCAAAAUAUAUUUUAUAUUUAAGAUUCUUCAAAUAGUCACCCUUUGCCUUGAUGACAGCUUUGCACACUCUUGGCAUUCUCUCAACCAGCUUCAUGAGGUAGUCACCUGGAAUGCAUUUCAAUUAACAGGUGUGGCUUCUUAAAAGUUAAUUUGUGGAAUUUCUUUCCUACUUAAUGCAUUUGAGCCAAUCAGUUUUGUUGUGAUAAGGUAGGGGGAUAUACAGAAGAUAGCCCUAUUUGGUAAAAUACCAUGUCCAUAUUAUGGCAAGAACAGUUCAAAUAAGCAAAGAGCAAUGACAGUCCAUCAUUACUUUAAGACAUGAAGGUCAGUCAAUCCGGAAAAUUUCAAGAACUUUGAAAGUUUCUUCAAGUGCAGUCGCAAAAACCAUCAAGCACUAUGAUGAAACUGGCUCUCAUGAGGACCGCCACAGGAAUGGAAGACCCAGAGUUACCUCUGCUGCAGAGGAUAAGUUCAUUAGAGUUACCAGUCUCAGAAAUUGCAGCCCAAAUAAAUGCUUCAGAAUUCAAGUCAGAGGCACAUCUCAACAUCAACUGUUCAGAGGGGACUGUGUGAAUCAGGCCUUCAUGGUCGAAUUGUUGCAAAGAAACCACUACUAAAGGACACCAAUAAGAAGAAGAGACCUGCUUGGGCCAAGAAACACGAGCAAUGGACAUUAGACCGGUGGAAAUCUGUCCUUUGGUCUGAUGAGUCCAAAUUUGAGAGUUUGGUUCCAACCGCUGUGUCUUUGUGAGACGCGAUGUAGGUGAACGGAUUAUCUCCGCAUGUGUAGUUCCCACCGUAAAGCAUGGAGGAGGAGGUGUUAUGGGGUGGGGGUGCUUUGCUGGUGACACUGUCUGUGAUUUAUUUAGAAUUCAAGUCACACUUAACCAGCAUGGCCACCACAGCAUUCUGCAGCGAUACGCCAUCCCAUCUGGUUUGGGCUUAGUGGGACUAUCAAGAAGGAGAGUGAUGGAGUGCUGCAUGAGAUGACCUGGCCUCCACAAUCCCCCGACCUCAACCCAAUUGAGAUAGUUUGGGAUGGCAGAGUGAAGGAAAAGCAGCCAACAAGUGUUCAGCAUAUGUUGGAACUCCUUCAAGACUGUUGGAAAAGCAUUCCAGGUGAAGCUGGUUGAGAGAAUGUCAAGACUCUGCAAAGCUGUCAUCAAGGCAAAGGGGUGGCUAUUUGAAGAAUCUCAAAUAGAAAAUAUAUUUUGAUUUGUUUAACACAUUUUUGGUUACUACAUGAUUCCGUAUGUGUUAUUUCAUAGAUUUGAUGUCUUCACUAUUAUUCUAUAAUGUAGAAAAUAGUAAAAAUAAAGAAAAACUCUUGAAUGAGUAGGUGUGUCCAAACUUUUGACUGGUACUGUGUGUAUAUAAAAUAAAAAAGUAACUUCAGUAAAUGCACAUUUCAUGUUAGAGUUAUUAACACAUGAACAGUAUUGUGUAAGGGUUGGUUUUACAUUUUCUUCUUGCUUACCAACAUUGAAUGAAUGUUGUUAGGGUUGCCUUUGGCGAAACCCCAAGAGUUAUUAUAAUCCAUAAUAAUCAAGAGUUUGAUGUGAGGCCCAGUUAUUAAACCAUUUCAUCGAUCUUGCUUGUUUAAUAGCGAUGGUUUGAAAUUAAUCAAAAAAAUAAAUAAUGCAUAACUGUUUAACAUGCAAUAUAGAUGCGAGGCAAACUGAAAUGUCUUGGACAAAGACGUGUUUUUCUUCUUCUUUCCAUUCAAUGAGGCUGUCUGUGCUGUAGUUUGUGGUUGACUGUAUCCAUGUUCCUGAUUCCUGAAUGAGGCCCUGCAUAACAACAGGAGGCGAGCAGCAGCUCCUACUAAUGUAGCCAUGAGGUGGAGGCUUACACAACACAAGCUCACAGCGACCGCGGGCCAAAUGGCAUUCUAUUAUUCCCUAUUAGUGCACUAAGGUCAUUUGGGACGUGGGCAGCACGGCCUGGCCUGGAAUAGAGGCUCUGCUCCCUUUCAUCUGAAAUACACCAUCUGAUACUAAAUGGUCUCAGAAUACUCUUGUCUUAUCUCCCCCGGCCCGGCCCACACACGCACGCAUACCAGAGAAUCAACUCCUCCCAAGAACUCCACAGUUAAUAAUACUGAACAAAAAUAUAAAGGCAACAUGUUCAAGUGUUGGGCCCACGUUUCAUGAGCUGAAAUGUUCCAUACACACAAAAAGCUUAUUUCUCUCAAAUGUUGCGCACAAAUUUGUUUACAUCCCUGUUAGUGAACAUUUCUCCUUUGCCAAGAUAAUCCAUCCACCUGACAGGUGUGGCAUAUCAAGAAGCUGAUUAAACAGCAUGAUCAUUACACAGGUGCUGGGAACAAUAAAAGGCUACUCUAAAAUGUGCAGUUUUGUCACACACAACACAAUGCUACAGAUGCCUCAAGUUUUGAGGGAGCGUGCAAUUGGCAUGCUGACUGCAGGAAUGGCAUGCUGACUGCAAGAUGAAACUGUGGGUUUGCACAAACGAUACAUUUCUGCAGAAACUGUCAGAAACCGUCUCAGGGAAGCUCAUCUGCGUGCUCGUCGUCCUCACCAGGGUCUUGACCUGACUGCAGUUUGGCGUCGAAACCGACUUCAGUGGGCAAAUGUUCACCUUCGAUGGCUACUGGUACGCUGGAGAAGUGUGCUCUUCACGGUUGAAUCCCGGUUUCACGGGGGGCCAGUAUAAAAAAAAAAAUGUAUUCACUAACUGUAAGUCGCUCUGGAUAAGAGCGUCUGCUAAAUGACGUAAAUGUAAAUGUAAAUGUUGUGUGAAACGUUGGGACCACCGACUACUGGCAACCAGGCACAUGGUUAGUCAUUCACCCUGACUGACAUUUUUUAUCUCCCUCUCCUCUGUGCAGCGGCUUCCACAACAGAUCCACGAGCGAAAUGAGAAGCUGAAGGAAGAGAUGAUGGGUAUGAGAUCCAUUGUAUUUUUCACCAACUGCUUUUCUCGUUUUGUAUAGAUUGCACCCCCAUGAAAACAUUUCAAAGACUGAAGUACAGUGCAUUCGGGAAAGUAUUCAGACCCCUUCCCUUUUUCCACGUUUUGUUACGUUACAGCCUUAUUCUAAAAUGGAUUAAAUAAAUACAAAUCCUCCUCAAUCUACACACUAUACCCCAUAAUGACAAAGCGAAAACAGGUUUUUAGAAAUGUUAGCAAAUGUAUUAAAAAUCUAAAACGAAUACCAAGUAUUCAGACCCUUUGCUAUGAGACUCAAAAUUGAGCUCAGAUCCUUUUUCCAUUGAUCAUCCUUGAGAUGUUUCUACAACUUGAUUUUAAAGACUAAAGUACAUUCACUGACGAGCAAAAAAAACACUGAAUGGUGCCCUGUGAUCUGUUUAAAUCAGAUUGUUGGCAGGUGAGGGUGGUCCUAAAAUAACAGAAGUGUUAGGCUGGUUCUGUUGGGCUGGUUCUGUUGGGCUGGUUCUGUUCCAUCAUGGUCAAGUAUAAGGUUGUGUGGACCCAGCUGUUACUCACGAAGCUGCGAGUGGGGAACACCAUCAACUGCUUGGAAUUGAAAUUGACCACAACGCAGUGUGUAGGGAGGGAGGCUCUUUAACCAACAUUUCCUAUUCAUUUGACUGCAUUAAGAGUCUUGGAGCUGUGCUGGAGAAAACUGCUCAGUUCUAAUGUACUAAGUUUGUGGAGUAGAACAUAGCUAAGCAUCCAGUGUAUUGGAGUAUUCUCUCAUUUGACUUAAAUGUUUUCAUCGCCGUUUUUGUCAUGAUUUAGCUUUUAAUAUCUUUCCCUAUCUAUCUGUCCCUUAGGCAAACUGAAGGACUUGGGCAAUAUGUUCCUGCGGCCAUUUGGUCUGUCCACAUCAAACUUCCAGGUAAACCAGGAUUCAGGCACUGGAUCCUACUCUGUCAACUUUGUUCAGAAUCUUAAUAACAACAGAUAACAGCACGAGGAGCCUGUCUGAGAGCCGUCGUCACACCUGGCUUGGCCACCCCAUCCUCAGAGCUAAGAGACUGACAGUCAGGAGCCUCCACUGGUGUGUCAGAGGUCUGAAUGGGAUCCGUUUGAAAUCCAAAAGACAAGUCUUUCAUGGUUAAAUAAGAUUGUGUGUGUGUGUGUGUGAGAGAUGGUGCACGGUCUAACAGUCUGAAAGAGCCAUUAAAUGAUCCAGUGACUGUUACUUUGCUGCGUUGUCAUUGUUUUUAUACGGAGCGAUUUCAUUUGCCACUUCUUUAAUGUCGGGAUUGAAAGUGUCACUGGCCUGUAAACACUCAGGUUACACAACUGAUGUACAACACAUUUGACAACUUCUCAAGAAUAUGUGGUAUCACACCAUUUUGUCA